GGUAUGAAACAUUUCAAUGAAGUUUUAUUUUCACUGUCCGCCGGUACUGGCUGGUUGGUGAUUGGCUUAUUCUUUAGCUAAUCAGCGCACGGCAGCACCAUUUUUUCGCCCGUUCCUGCUUUGUUUGGUCGGGCGAGCAGGACGGGAAAACCGGGAUGAAAGGGCGUCCAAGCGUCGAAAGGGGUUGAAACGUUACGGAGAGUUUUAUGUACAUGGAAAUCAAAUAAGAUAUCAGUAGCUUUACAAGGUUCGGUCGGUAUAGAUUGAUAACCGUGUACCGCGUAAACCGAGCAGAAACGGUGUCCCCCACCUCCCCCCCGCGUAAAAAGCGCACGGAUUGAGUGUGUCAAAAUAAAUACACCCUAUUAGAGCGCAGCAUCGAUGGAAGGCACAAUUGGAAGCAUAGAGCGAAGUGAAAGAUGAGAUGAGAUGUAUCGCUGUUUCGCGCGUUGCCACCCUUCCAACCAACAGCAUCCUGUAUCGCACGCACACUCUCUCGCACCAACGUAAGGGCUGUCGGCGUUGCCGUCGUAGUCGUCGCCGUCGUCGAAUCAUCUCACGCCGCGUGAGCUCGCGUCGGGGUGGUGUAGUUUCAUUCUCAUUCGCUCACUGCACGGAAGGUGAUUGCACGUUGCACGCUUACUGCGUUCAGUGUUUACAGCGUGCGUUCGGUCCAUUCGUACGUUCGGGAAAGAUAGUACUAGAAGCAACUGUAAUAUCCGUACGCACGUGCUGAAUUGUUUGGGUUUUGUUUUUUCCUUCUCGGUACGCUAUUUUGUUUGCUUUCCUCAUCGGUGAAAGAAACAGAUCACGAUUUGUGCAUACGAGCAGUGUUGUCCGAAUAGUUGCAGCUGGUAGUUGGAUUAAGGCGAUACGAUCUCUCCAGUUACGUACAGGACUUUACUCACCUCUUUGAGAUGUAACGGACAAAAGGCUGUUAACAGUUACCUCGCGUUACGUUUUGUGUGUCUAGUGUUACCGGCGGGAAUUAAAAUCGCUGGUUGUCGCGCUGAAUGGCAGCAUAACAAUGUGAGAAGUGUGACCAGUGGAAAAUAUCACUCAAAGGUGAAAGCAUAUUAUGCAUCGUACCACCGAUAGGCAAAUGACGAAUACAACGCAAUGGAAAGCAACAUGUUCGUCUGUUGUAAAUAACGUCUACGGCAAACAAACAGUCGGUGUUUGUAAACAAAACAAAACCUCAAAUGAAACAGCGAGUGUCUUACCGCUCGGUUGCGGGCACAAAGUGAAAGCAAGUGUUACGAGUGUGCGUGUGAUUAGUGUUUAGUGAGAUAGUGUACGGCGUUUGUUUUGCGAUGAUCUCGUAUGAUCGCUUGAUCGCCUCGACGUUAGAAUUGUAAAUAUCCUUCACAUGCAAUGCUUUGUGUGAGAUUUUUAUUCAACCGAAUCACUCGUACGGGAGUGCUGCUGGUGUGAUGAAACGGUUUAUAUUCAGUGUUGUUGAUCGUGAUUUAAGUGAGUAAACCAAGAAAAGAAGUGAAUCAAGUUGCACCUCCUCAAUAUUGCACGCGACAAUGUCGAUUGUUUAGAUAUAUCCGAAAGCACACACAUACAAACAUACGGAGCAGAAGUGCACUAGAAACGCAAGGAAGGGUUUUACGGACGGGAGAACCGGGGAAGGAGAGCAGCUAACCCUCUCCCGGGACCGGACACACAUUAGCACCAGCACCAGCACCAGCGGUCGCGGGAUAACGCGCCAAAAUUGCGCCAAACACAAACAAUCUGGCGGUGGUCAGACAACCAUCCAUGGCCGUCGGGCCACCGACGGGAGGAUCUGGUAAUCCUCCGCAUCCGGCACCACCGGUACAACCGCAUCCCAUCCUCGCGCCCAGCCCGCUGUUUGCCUUACCGACGCUUAACUUUACCGCGUCGCAAGUUGCGACCGUUUGUGAAACGCUGGAAGAAUCCGGAGACAUUGAGCGGCUGGCCCGGUUCCUAUGGAGCCUGCCGGUGGCCCACCCGAACGUGACCGAGCUCGAUCGGUCCGAGGCGGUGUUGCGGGCACGGGCGAUCGUGGCGUACCACACUGGACACUUUCGUGAACUCUACUCGAUACUGGAACGACACAAGUUUACGAAAACAUCGCACGGCAAACUGCAGGCAAUGUGGCUGGAAGCGCACUAUCACGAGGCGGAAAAGCUGCGUGGACGACCGUUGGGUAAGCAUGAUCGCCCGGUCGAUAAGUAUCGCGUCCGGAAGAAAUUUCCGCUUCCGCGUACGAUCUGGGACGGUGAGCAGAAGACGCAUUGCUUCAAGGAGCGAACGCGCAGUUUGCUGCGCGAAUGGUACCUUCAGGAUCCGUAUCCGAACCCGACGAAGAAACGCGAACUGGCCCAGGCAACCGGGCUCACCCCAACACAGGUGGGAAAUUGGUUUAAAAACCGACGCCAGCGGGACCGUGCGGCAGCAGCGAAAAAUAGACACAACCAGCCACCACUAUCGGGAUCGGGAUCCUCAUCACUGACGCCCAGACGUGGCGAUGGACCACUGUCACCAACGGACACGGAUUCCGAUUCGGACAUUUCGCUCGGUACACACUCUCCAGUUCCUAGUAUGUCGAUGCAGCACAGUCCCAGCUCACUGCCCGGCUCUAGUGAGGAUCGGCUGCAUGAUGAGCGGGAUCGGGAGAAGGACUUCCGGAAUAGUUUCGCCUCGCUGCAUUCCUUCCGCUUUGGCGACCAUCUUACGGGCGGUUUGUUACCUGGUUCGUUCAACAGUAGAUUCAUGCCUUAUCGUCUGGGCGAUCAUUCGCCACCGAUCAACACCCACUCACCCCCGAUCGGUUUGACACACCUGCCUCUCACUCCUACCGUGCUUCGACCACAGCCUCACCUGCCCCACUCGCUGGCCGUUAGUGCGGCAUCCCUGAGCGCGUCCGGUGUGGCAAAUGCCGGAGUCCUCACGACAGUUGUCAGUAUGAGCGAUUCGCCCGGUAGCAAUAGCAGUGCCACGACCGCAUCUCUCACGAAUGUCCCUGCCCCAACCAGCGCCACCACCCCUACCCUGUCCGGUGGUACAGCGAGCAGUUCCCUUAAGGAUCUGCAGCAUCCUAGCGAUUUGUCGUCGAGCGAUCACCGUCCAGGGACUCCCAGCUCGGUAGGAAGCAACAACAAUAACAAUAGUGCCAGUGGUGGUACACCGACCGCUACGAACGGAACCAGUAACGCACCACCAGCCUCUUUAAUGCAGCCAAUGUCACCGUUGAGAAUACGGGUCAGUUCUCCGUCGCGAUUGAAUGCGGAACUGCUGCACCACACGGCAGCAGCUGCAGCAGCCGCAGCAGCAGCGGCAGCGUCCAGUCAGCCACCGCAGCACCAUUCGCUGUCGUUGCUACAUCCGCACCAUCCACUGCACGUGCAUCAUCCUCAUGCGCACCUUCCACACCAUGCGCACCAGACGCAUGCACACCAUCAUGCGGCGGCUUUGACGGCGGCCAGCAUGAUGAACGGACUGAACGCCAGUGGCAUCGUUCGGAUCGUGCCGGGCACCACUACAACCUCGCUGAUCCAUCGGCCCUUCUCACCGUCCCCCAAGCCGAAGGAAGCGUCGUGAUAAACGUCGCCUUGUGGUACACCGAACCGCCAAAGCUAGCGAUCGAUCUGACGCGUGACGCUGCGUGUGAGUUGACAGGAGAUGAAAGGGUUUUUUUUGGGGAAAAGUGUCACCUUGAUGUAGCUAACUGGGAGAAACAGUCACAAGCAACAAUAGUAGCAGCAACGCUGGCAACGCAGUCUAGUAACUAGAGCAAUGUAUAUGUAACUACACCUAGUAACAGGAAAAAAGACACGCAAGGUUUCCGCAAACGGACACUUCCGAAAAUUUGAAACAAAGACAAGAGGCGUAAGAUGAAAAUGACAUAGCAGGCCAAAAAUUGUGCAGUACGAACAGUGUGUUGUUGCUUCUAGGUUUCCGCUUACAAGCCUAGCUAUGGGGGGCCAUCGCAAUACAGCGGCACGCACGAACAGAUGCUGUGUCAGAU